AUGCCCUACCUCCAAGCCAUGUCUUCUGUGUGGAAGCAACAACCUGAAGAGGUGGCGGACAAGGUCUUGAAGAGGGUGGAAGUGAGCAAGAUAGCCCGAAGACUGCAGAACCGACUCGCGCUCGCCCAAUUCAAAACCAAGCAUGGCUGGGAAGACCUAACACUCGAUACCAUCGAACCAAAGUAUGAGGAGGAACUGCGACGGAAGCGUUUAACCGAGGGAGACCUCCUGUCCGACUCCUCUUCGAGCGCCUCCGACCUUCCAUAUCCCACGAGAGCCCUUAUGAGCUCUCCUCUGAAAGCUCCCCUCUUUUCCGACGCCAUCGGCUCCAGCAACGGGAGCACCGGCCAUCGCAAGCGCACCUACAUGGCAUCUUUCGACUGUCCAUCGUCUAGCCCAAGCAAACGCUAUCGCUCGUCCCCUACUCCCAUCAAGUCGCUGCACGGCCAUACUUCGUGGAAAGAAAGUCAUCAGCUAGCGCAAUCGUCUCCGAUUAAGCCCAGAAGGCAACAACACUUCACCACAUCUACUGGCCCCGAUGUUUCAUUCUUUCAGGGGGCUCGAAGACUAGCAGACGACCUGGUGUCGCCAAACUUUGCGGCAGCCUCGGAUGAUGAAGACGAUCUCUUGCCCGUACAGUCAUUCAGGGCCACGAAUAUUCGGUCUUCACCCCCUACAACACCACCAAUGCGCAAUCGAAUGUUGCCCAAUCGCCGUACCAAGGACCAAGGCGCCAACGGUGAACCCGUCAAAUCCGGCCAAGAAGGCGCCGACCUUCUGCUGUACCUGGCUGCCUCUCCGUCACCCGCCGUUCCAUCUACCAAGACAAGGAUGGAGCCUCCUUCGACGCCUCCUUCCAAGGUCAGUCGAGAUAUGACUUUGCCUUCUUCACACAUGACCACCCCAGGUGGCGGCAACAUGUUCCCCAACACGCCCGGGCAAGGUUUCGACUUCGCAGAUUUUGUCAACAUCACGCCUAGUCCUGCUCAAAAGGCAUGGAAGACACCCGUCGCUCUCUCCUCGGCGAGGACUCCCGUCAGUCUGGCUAGAAGACGAUUGACGUUUGACGAACCCCUGGCUUGA